AGAGUCAUUUACAGUAAAAGAGGCGUAUGUCACAACUGCUGCUUGGAACAAACGAUGACUUUUCCAGCUCAUCAUCGUCAGUAACGAGUUCGUACACAAACAGGGCAAUAUAUCCAAAUACUUUUCUUCCCAGCAUGCGGUGGUUUGUGCAAUCAUACACAUUUUUUACGAAGCAAACGCCGGCACGCCCACGUAUCUCCCCACCCAUAAAGUUACUGGCGGGAGGGUCCGUGUUUUUUUGUGAUUGAUAUAUAGAUACUAAACAUCAGAUAGAGCUUACCUUCUGCGAUCUGCAUUUCCGGGCGCUCAAACGCGAAACUGUCCGGAACAAGUCCGAGAAUUGGGCACGUUCUCCAGUUUGCAGAUGAUACGAAGAAAGGUGGAGGAGAAGGUAGCACUGAGGAAGCAGAAUGGCUUAGAAGAUUGGACAAAGAAGUGGCAGAUGGAAUACAGUGACAAGAAAUAUAUGGUCAUGCACUUUGAUAGAAGAAAUAAAAGAGAAGUUUUUUUUAAUGGAGAGAAUUUCACAAAUCUGUGGCACAAAGUGACUUCGGUGCCCUCGUGCAGGAUUUCCUAAAGGUUGAGUCAAUGUUUCUCAUCAAAUCCACGGGGACAUGUUUGCCUACAUUCUGGCCUCAUUACUAAUAUGGUUUCUGUGCUGGUGGAUACGAGACAGAUGCAAACUUGAGAAUCUCUCAGACAAGUAUGUGUUCAUCACCGGGUGUGAUACUGGUUUUGGAAAUCUGGCCGCCAAGUCCUUUGAUAAAAUUGGAUUCUGGGUACUUGCUGGGUGUCUAACAGAGGAAGGGGCACAAAGCUUAAGCAAAGAAACCUCAAGUAGAUUGAAGACAAUCGUGCUGGAUAUUACAAAGUCAGAGAGCAUUGAAAAUGCAGUGAAUCAAAUCAAGCAAGAGGUGGGACACAGAGGUCUUUGGGGCUUGGUAAAUAACGCUGGGAUAGUUGGGACACUUUGUCCCACUGAUUGGUUAAGAACUGAACACUUCCGAAGACCUAUUGAAGUUAACUUACUGGGAUCUAUAGAAGUGACGUUAAAAUUGCUCCCACUGAUUAAAAAAGCCAGAGGAAGAAUUGUGAAUAUAAGCAGUGUUCUCGGCCGAUUAGCUGUGAGCGGUGGUGGAUACUAUGUGUCAAAGUUUGGCAUAGAAGGUUUCAAUGACAGCUUAAGGCGUGAUAUGAAGAGAUUUGGAAUAAAAGUUGCUUGUAUUGAACCUGGGACCUUUGAAACCAGAAUGACCAACUGUGAAGUACAUCGUCAUGAAAAGAAAUGCCUCUGGGAUGAUCUCCCACCUGAUGUGAAAAAAGAGUAUGGAGAAGACUAUUUAAUACAAUCUGGUGUCAGACGAGAGAAACUAGUGAAAUUAUUGUCAAGUACAGAUCUUUCCGUGGUGGUGUGGUGUAUGGAACAUGCUGUAACAGCCAAGUACCCAAGGACUCGGUACAGUGCUGGCAUUGAUGCAAAACUACUAUGGAUCCCCCUAUCAUACUUGCCAACAUUUAUUGCAGAUUACCUGCUGACUAUGGAUACAAUAAUAAACUCAAGUUCUGCGUAAAGGAUUCACACUCUAUCUUUUGAACAUUGUUUAUUAGAACACACUCUAUCACACUCUAUCUUUUGAACAUUGUUUAUUAGAAACAUUGACAUUUGGAGGCUCUGGACCAAAUUGUAGACAAUUUGUCACAUAUUUGUACAUGGAGCUUGAAAAAAUAGAGGGAUAUGGGUAACCCUAGGUAAUUUCUAAGGUAAGGACACAUUCAGCACAGCUUUGUCGGCCAAAGGGCCUGUAUUGUGCUGUAGGUUUUCUAUGUUUUUAUUUCUCCUGCUGCAGGAAUGCAAGUGUUUAUAUCAUCAAUAUUGUAUAGUUAGGUUUUGUUCAUGUGUUGUUGAGAAAUGUGAGCUGAAUCAAUACGUUAGUACAGGGUGGCUUACAUUUGGGUAGUUAAUGAAGAAAGGAAUAUCUGCAUUUAUUUAGCAUUUUUUUAUUUCACCCCACAGACAACACUGCUAAUGGUACAGUCGGCCCUCCUUAUCCGCGGGUUCCGCAUGCGCGGAUUCAACCAACCGCGGAUCGGGAAAACCCGGAAGUUCUCUCUCCAGCACUUGCUGUUUGAGCAUGGACAGACUUUUAUUUUUGUCAUUAUUCCCUAAACAAUACAGUAUAACAACUAUUUACAUCACAUUUACAUUGUAUUAGGUAUUAUAAGUAAUCUAGAGAUGAUUUAAAGUAUAUGGGAGGAUGUGCAUAGGUUACUGCGGGUCGGGAAUCGAAGAGAAAAAGGAAGUUCUUUUAAGUCGGAACUGGUACAUCCGGUAUUUAGCGUCAGUUAGUCAAGCGUUUGUCUUAGUAUAUAGUAUAUAUUUUACCUUUCUAUGAAUAUAAAAAAACUUAAGAAACGUAUGUAUUUCAAUUAUUAAACCACUGCGUUGCUUACUAAUAAUUGUAGCUUUCUUUGGGGGGGAGCCUUCACAUGCUCCAUUAUUCUCACCUUAUCCUUUAAAAUUGUUCCGAUCGUUGACUGAAUGUACCCUAACACUUUUCCAAUGACCGAUGGCAUUUUACCUCUUUCCGAUCACUUUAUUAUUUCCACUUUAUUUUCAAUCGUGAUCGUUUUCCGGAACAAAAACAAUGCAGGCGGUGGGUCCUAAAGUCCACGGCACUGGGGCAGGUUAAAUAAGGUCCGGAGCUCCGCCGGGUCCUAAAUUCCACCAACUUGAGCAUCUGCGUUUUUUGGUACCCAUGGUGGGGGGUACUGGAACCAACCCCUCCUGCGGAGAAGGAGGGCUGACUGUACUUUGGUGCAUAUUACUGUACAUUUUUAUGCUCAAGCUGCUGGAGUAGGACUUGAACCUACAAACAUCAGACUCAGAGAGCUGGUCCACAGAUCUAAAGUGGAUAUUGCUGAAAAAGGCAUGCAGCAGAAAAUUUCAAUCGGACAAAGAAAUUUCCUAAUUUCUAAAGGCAGUUAAAGCGAAAUAGACAGAAUAGCCUGAAUUACUACUUCCUUGGUGUUAAGAUUUAUUAUUGUCUACAUCAAAAACUAAGUCAACAUUUGAACUGAUGUUGUUUAUUCAACCAUAAGACACUGGAGCAAAAUUAGGCCAUUCAUCCCACUCAGUUUGCUCUGGCAUUCCAUCAUGGCUGUUCAUUAUCCCUCUCAACCCCAUUCUCCUGCCUUCUCCCUAUAAAGACUGAUGCCCUUAUAAAUCAAGAGCCUAUCAACCUCUGCUUUAAAUAGAGCCAGUGAUUAUCUUCCACAGCCAUCUGUGGCAACGAAUUCCACAGAUCCACUGCACUUGGCUAAAGAAAUUUCUCCUCACCUCUGUUCAAAAUGGACAUGCUUCUAUUCUGAGGCUGUGCCCUCUGGCUCUGCCCCCCCCCCCCACCACCUUACAAUAGGAAAGGUAUUCUCUGUGUCCACUCUCAAUAAUUACUAGGAUAUUCCUCAUUCCUCUAAACUCCAGUGAGUGCAGGCCCAGACCGAUCAAAUGCUCUUGGUACAUUAACCUGUUCAUUGCCGGGAUCACAUUACUAUGAGCCUCUUCUCGAUCCUCUCCAAAGACAGCAUAUCAUUUCUUUGAUAAGCGGCCCAAAGUACUCUCAAUGCCCCAAAUGCAGUCUGAAUAAUGACUUCUAAAGCCUCAGCAUUGCAGUAUUGCUUUAAUAUUUUAGUCUUGAAAUGAUUGCUAACAUUGCAUUUGACUUCCAUACCACCAACUCACCUGCAAAGUAACCUUCAGGGAAUCCUGCAGAGCAUUCCCAAUUCCUUUUCUAAUUUUCAAUUUUUCUUCUCAUUUAGAAAAUAGACUAUGCUUUUAUUCCUUCUUCCAAAGUGCAAAGCCAUAUACUUCCUGACACAAUAUUCCAUCUGACAUUUCUUUGCCCAUUCAGCUAAUCUAUCUAAGUCCUUCUGCAGGCUCCCUGCUUCCUCAGCACUAUCUGCUCUUCCACCAGUCUUCAUAUCAUCUGCAAACCUGGCCACAAAUCUUAUCAAUUCCAUCAUCCAAAUCAUUCACAUAUAACAGGAAAAGAAGCAGUCCCAACACCAACCCCUGUGGAACACCACUAGUCACUGGCAACUAACCAGAAAAGGCCCCCUUAUAUUCCCACUCUUUCCCUUCUGUAAGUCAGCCAAUCUACAAUCCAUGCUAGUAUCUUUCCUGUAAUACCAUGCAUUCUUAUUUUACUUAAUGGACUUGUAUGUGAACAUCCUGUCAAAGGCCUUCUGAAAAUCAAUUAAACAACAUCCACUGACACUCCUUUGUCAACACUGCAUGUUAUUUCCUCAAAGGAUUCAAACAGAGCUGUCAGAUAAAUUUAAGCAAGCCCUGCUGACUUAAGCCUAUUUUAUCAUGUACCCCAGAUCCUCUGCAAUCUCUUCUGCUACUUCUUUCAGAACCCUGGGAUGUAACUUAAGGUCUUUCAGCUUCCCAAGCAGCUUCUCCUUUGUAAUAGCAACUACACUCACAAUUGCCCUGUGACUUCCGUUAAUUUCUGGCAUACUGCUCUUGUUUUCCACAGUGAAGAUUAAAGCAAAAUACUUAAGAGUCAAUCAGCCAAUUCUUUGUGUCCUAUUACUCCCUCUCUAGCAUCAUAUUCCAGUGGUCUGAUAUCUCCUCUCAUCUCUCUUUUACUCUUUGCAUAUCUGAAAAACUUCUUUGUAUCCUCUUUAAUAUUUCAGUCGGCCCUCCUUAUCCACGGGUUCUGCAUGCGCGGAUCAAGAAAACCCAGAAGUCCUCUCCCCAGCACGUUGUUUGAGCAUGUACAGACUUUUUUUUCUUGUCAUUAUUCCCUAAACAGUACAGAAUAAUAUUUACAUUAUAUUAGGUACUAUAAGUAAGUACAGACAGUCUUUAAGUCAGAUUUGUAUGUAAGUUGGAACAGGUACAUUGGGUAUUAUUUAGCGUCAGUUAGUCAAACGUUUGUCUUAGUAUAUAGUAUAUAUUUUACCUUUCUAUGCAUAUAAGACAAUUAAGAAACAUAUGUAUUUCAAUAAUUAAACCACUGUGUUGCUUAGUAUAAUUGUAGCUUUCAUCGGGGCAGGGCCUUUCACAUGCUCCAUUAUUCUCACUUUCUCCUUUAAAAUUGUUCCGAUCGUUGACUGACUGUAGCCUAACGCUUUUCCAGUGACCAACAACGUUUCACCUCUUUCUAAUCGCUUUAUUAUUUUCAUUUCAUUUUCAAUCGUGAUCAUUUUCCAUCAAUGGAGCAGAAACACUGCAGAUUCAGUAGCAGCUGCGGACAGUGGGUCCGAAACUCCCUGGGGUCCUAAAGUCCACCCGCACUGAGACAGGUUAAAUAAGGGACUUGAUGAUCCAUGUUUUUUGGUAUCCGUGGGGGGGGGGGGGUCCCGGAACCUAUCCCCCAUGGAUAAGGAGGGCCAACUGUAUUUUCUAGCUUGCCUUCAUAAUUCAUCUCGUUGCUUUUUAAAGUUGCCGUGUGUUGCUUUUUUAAAUCUUCCCAAUCCUCUAGCUUCUCAUUAGUUUUUGCCAUACUUUAUCCAUCUCACAUGCUCAAAUGUGAUCUUUGACUUCCCUUGUCAGCCACAGUUGCCUUUCCCUCUCUUUAGCAGACUUUUUCCACAUUUGAGACGUAUCUAUCCUGCACCUCCAAAUUGCCUCCAGCAACAUCAUCCAUGCCAUUCUGCUGUCAUCCUGCUAGUGUCCCUUCCAAACAACUUCGGUCAGCUCAUCUGUCAUGUCUCCAUAUUUGACUUUACUGCACUGCCAUACUGCCUUUGGUUUCUCCUCCUCAAACUGCGGGGUGAAAUGAAUACUAUCAUAUUAUGGUCACUUCCUCCCAAGGGUUCCUUUACCUUAAACUCCCUAAUCAAAUCUGGUUAAUUACACAAAUCCUAAAUUGCCUUUUUUCCGAGUGGGCUCAACCAUAAGCUGCUCUAAAAAGCAAUAUCAUUGCAAUUGGCAUUCUCUAAAUGCCUUCUCCUGGGUUCCAGCACCAACCUGAUUCUCCAAAUCUUCCUGCAAAUUGAAAUCCCCCCUGACCAUUUUAACAUAAUAGGAAUCCAACUUCUACCUUUAGCGAUACUCCUGACCUUUAAUAUACAUCCCUGUGUGUUACUCUAUGUAGACAUAUUUCUGUCAUUGAUAAAUUCUCUUUUCCUGUUAUACGGUAUCAUCAUCAUCAUGUGCAAUGUCAUAUGAUGUGGCAAUGAUGGUCUUUGACCAUGAUUGUUCUUGACAAUUUUGCUACAGAAGUGGUUCACCGUUGCAUUCCUCUGGACAGUGCCUUGACAAGAUGGGAGACCUCAGCCAAUAUCAAUACUCUUCAGAGAUUGUCUGCCUGGCAUCAGUGGUCACAUAACCAGGACUUGUGAUAUGUGCUAGCUGCUCAAAUGACCACCACCUGUCCAAGGCUUCACAUGACCCUGAUCAUGGUGGGGAAGGUGAGGGGUCUAUAAUCAGAUGCUAAACUUUGCCUAAGGGUGAUCUAUGAUCUGCAGGCUAGCAGAGGGAAGAAGCAACUUACACCUCCUUUGGUGGAGACAUAUCUCCAUCCUGUCACCCAUACUUUAUAGCUUACCUUGUUAAAUAGUUACUGAAGUGACAUAUGUCAGAUGCACUGCUUUUCUUAAGAUAGCUCAUGAUGUGCACAUGAUUAGAAAAUGGACCAUUCUACUCAUAUAUAUGGUGGUCUAGAUUCCAAUUCUGAUUAGACUAACUCGAUUAUUGUGCUUGUAAGAAAACAGUGAAAAUAGCAACUUUUUUGGAUUCUUUUUAACAUAGAUGUAGCUUAACAAGUGUAACUAUCAGCAAUUUGAAAUUUUACUCUAUUGAAAUUACCAAUAAAA